GCCAACAUGAUAACUAUGGCGUUCCAUACUACAGGAAUCGCGCGAGACUCGAAUUUGUCGAAAAAGGAUACCGCAAAGAGAAGACGGCCAAGGCAAACAAGGCCCAGUUUUACAAAAAUGUCUAAGAAACGUGGACUCAGUUUGGAGGAAAAGAGGCAGAGGAUGCAAGAGAUAUUUUUUGAUAAGAAAGGUGUAUUCCAGCUGAAAGAAAUUGAGAAAAUAGCACCUAAGGAAAAGGGUAUAACCCCUAUGGCAGUUAAAGAUGUACUCCAAAGCCUUGUAGAUGAUGGAUUGGUGGACUCUGAUAGGAUAGGAACGUCAAAUUACUUCUGGGCCUUCCCGAGUAAGGCUAGCCAAGUGAGAAAGAGGAAAAUUCAAGAUCUUACUAAAGCCCUGGAUGAAAGUGAAAAGAAGCGGAUAUCCCUGGAGAAAACUGCAGCCAAGUCAACAGUGGGCAAAGAGGAAUCUGAUGAAAGGGCAGAACUUCUUAAGGUCUUGUCAGAAAAUGAGACAGAGAAUAGCAGGUUAGAUGCUGAGUUAGAGCGAUUUAGAGAAUGUGACCCGGAAGUGAUUGAGGAGGUCAAGGCAGAAACAUUGGUUGCCAAGGAAGCAACAAACAGAUGGACAGACAAUGUAUUCUCCAUCAAGUCAUGGUGUAAGAAGAAGUUCUGCUUGGAGGAGAAAUUGCUGGAUAAACAGUUUGGAAUUCCUGAAGACUUCGACUACAUUGACUGAGCGUGAUCCUAAUCAGCAGGUGGCAAUGAAGAAAACAAUACCAAAAUCAUUUCAGAGUCACUGAGAGGCGUGAAUGUGACCAUCAGGUCAGUGCAAUAUUCAUGCCAAGUGUGCCGGAAUUUACGAAUGUUAGUUUGAACCAAGAUUUGGUAUGACGUUUACCAGGUGAAUAUGCACUAGCAAAACAUGUUAGAAUAUAGAGGUAUUCAGGAAUAUGUAGGCCUAUGGACUACAUGUACAUGUAUCAUUGCUGUAUUGCUAGCUGAUUUUGACUGUUCUGAAAUGUAUCAGACUUUUUUUUCUACGUUUGAUAUAUGUACAUGUACUAACUAUGUAACAAAUUUCAGUCAAAGCAGUUUAGGCCAGCCCUUGCCUUUUUAAGGAUUUUUUUUUAUAUUGGCGUAAAACCGCUGUCAGUAAUGUAAAAGGCAGGAAGGCAGCUGAGGUGGGCCUUGUCACCAUAGGCUUAUCCAAGCCCUGGUUUAAAAUCUCAAGGAACGGUAGACCAAGUGUCAUCAAAUAUCUAGUUGAUUAUUUCAGGGAUGCCACUUACAAUGAUCAAAGGUCUGAACAUUAUCUAGAAUUAGACAUUUCAUACACAAACAAUAAGUUUUGAAAAGUGACGUCUGUUACUUUUUCCAUACAUGUAUACAUAGGAAUGCCUGAUUUUUUUGGGUUUUUUUUGUUUUACCCGACAAGUAUUUGCCAAAGACCGAAAGCAGUUAAAAUGACACAAGUGUAUGAGGGCAAAUGAAUUUUGUAUGUCCAUUCUUAAUAUCUUAGACCUUCUAGAAUGUUUUCUCUUUGAUUUGUAUGUGUUAUCAAAUAGUUUGACAAACCCAGGGUUGAAGUUGGUAAUCCGAUUAUUGUGUGGAAUUUAGAGGGGAGAAAUGGUCGCCAGAGGAAAUGUCACAGAACCCUCAAUACAGGCCAUUCAAUAAAUGCAUGUCAUCAACUAAAAAUCAAAAAUACAGCUUAACCCUAAAUCUUCCAGGGUAUUUUGAUUGUUGUCAUUACCGGGGCGUGGGGGGGCAUUAUGGCCCCCCUUAAGAUCUCAGCCACGGAUUGUGCGAUCACAACGAAAAUUUGCAAAAUGGUAGAGAAUGACGUAAUCUACGCAGUUGCAUUAGUAAAUUUCGCUGAAUUCAUAUAUUU